UGCAUCAUUCUAUCUUGUUCAUAAAGUCAACACCAACUGAUCGAUAUAAUAACACCAUUACGUUGUUCUUCCAUGGUUUGUAAGUCCCACAACAAAACAAAAAAGCUUAGGCUUUGUAGUUUUGUGUCCGAAGGGAUGAGGGAUCGAAUGGAGAGAUUUGUUGUUCUUCCUUUUGGCAUUGGCUGCGCUUCUCAGUCCAGCGUUGCUAUUGGCGCAGCAGCAAGUGCUGAUCAUCAACAAAGAAAACCUAAAGCACCACCUCCACAUACAGCAAAUGAUCCAAAAGCACAAGGAGAAAAAAUGAAGAGUGGUACUUUUCACUUCCUGACUCUUAAGAGGACUCAAAUAUCCAGUGGGAUGCAGAGAUUGAUCAGAAGCAUAAAAAGCUUCUCCCAAAUAUUCGUUUACAAGGAAGAGAUUGAGGAAGAGGAUGAGGAAGGAGAGAUGGAAAUUGGAUUGCCGACGGACGUGAAGCAUGUGACACACAUAGGACUGGAUGGGUCUGCCACUACCAAUACCACCGCAAACCUAAAAGCUAGCAGCUGGGAAAAUAAUUUCAACACUCCAGAAAUACUUUCUUUCCCUUCAAUUUCUUUAAAGCAGUUUGAGCUUGCCAUGGCUGCACAGACCACCCACCAACCUGAGCAGCAGCAGCAGCUCGUUGUUGAUCUCAAGACGCUGGAAGAUCCCAAAGAUCUUAGCUAGUUAAUAUAGUAAUUGAAGCUACCUGGUCCGUUUUAUCUUUGAUCAUCCUAUAUCAUGAUGUUAAUGCCUCUUAACCACAGAUUAUGCAUGCAUGCAUGCAUAUAGCUAGGAUUUUGAGUUUGAGGAGGUGGCCGGUGGGUGAAUUGGUUUACCAUGCUGAUAUAUUGAUUGAAUUGGCGCAAAACCAAGUGCAAUGACAUUGUAGAAUUCAUGCACUCAACCCCACUUAGUGAGUAAGAUUUGAUUAUUGUUGUUGUUAUUUGUUGUUGCUGAUCGAUUGAAUUGGUGUCAUAUGUGUUUUAAGUGGUUUGUAGUGGUACUACUAUAUAUAUGUAGCAAUUUGGUUAUUGAGUGGUA